AUAAUUUAUCUAUCAAGUUCUUUCUCACAUAUCCUUUCAUCUCUAUAUAUAAUUCAUGGCUGCACACGUUUAGGACCAACACAGAUCAUUCACAUCGUAAAGCUUUGAAAAUUAAAAAGCUUAUUUUCAAGAAUUUCUCAAACCCUUUCGUUCUCAUAUUUCUCACACGGUCAAUACAACAAUGGGAUUUCGUUUACCUGGUAUCAGAAAGGCACCAUCUGCAGCAAAUCAAGCAUCUUCAAAAGUGGUGGAUGCACCAAAGGGAUACCUUGCAGUCUAUGUUGGAGAGAAAAUGAAACGAUUUGUGAUCCCUAUAUCACACUUGAACCAACCUUCAUUCCAGGACUUGCUGAGUCAAGCUGAGGAAGAGUUUGGAUAUGAUCAUCCCAUGGGAGGGCUCACAAUUCCUUGCAGUGAAGAUGUCUUCCAACAUAUAACUUCUUCUUUGAGUGCACAAUAAAUCUCAUCUUUUUAGGCUGACAUACAUUAGUAGUAACAUUUUUGUAAAAUAGGAACAUUCUCAACUUGUAAAGCUGUUUCUUUCUUGAGAAUAUAGAAAAUGAAAAACCAUCGGAUUGACAAAAUCAGAGUCUGUCAUUUAUUUCAGCAAGAGAAUGAAGUCAAUAACUUCUUUCUGACUUACCCAC